AUGUGUUGGAAAUUUUAAUAACAUCAGUCAGUAUUCGAAUUCACUUCUUCAUCGACCUCGUUCCAGUGCGAGUCUCCAAUUUAUGUUUGAUAAAAUGAAGAAAAUUAUAUUAAAUAUAUCGAUCGUGAUAUUUGUCGGUUCUGUUGUCUACGCUAGUGAACGAAGCCUCGACAGAUCAGAUUUCAACUGCAGUGGUCACGCUCAUUAUAAUGUGUCUUUGUCUGCGUAUUAUCCUGAUUUUAGUAGCGAUAAUGAAUCCGAUUACUUGGACGCUAGAAUGAAAAAGCUGAGAAAUUUUCAGGAUUUCCUUGAUGGUCGCGUGGAAUUCGUCUCCAUCUCCAUGGAUCUAGAUUCAGGAAUACCAUAUGGAACAAAAGUAUGCAUACCAGAGUUGAACGCAAAAUUCAGUCGCCAAAUUCCGUUACAGGCCAGGGACAGGAGUCACUACAGCGAUGCUAAAACAAACUCACCGGACUUUUCGCAUGUGGAAAUUUGCGUGAGAUCUGAAGAGGACACGUACGACAAUUCCGUGAACGGUCUCGUAACUCUUUACAUAUAAUUAUGUGAAAAACUGGAAUGAGUAACUAAUAACGUAGCAAUAAAAACAUAGUAUAUUUAUUUGAUAAUACUUAAUACAAAAUAAAAAUAAAUAUAUUAGUAAUGUUUCAUGGCGAUAUGGGUUUAGUAUCUAUGGAUUCGAGCACCACUUUGGCCAGGUUUGAAUCAAUCUGUACAAACUGUCUCCUGGACAGGACGUUGAGGUAACUUGUUUAUGUCCCAAAAUUGUGUAA